GUUUUGAAUAGUCAUAACCUUAAAUAUUGAUUAAAUCAUAUAAAGCUGCACAUACAAUUCGCGCUUAAAGAACUAAAAAAUAUUGUUUAUUUUUUUAUUCGAAAUCAUUCAAUUUCAAUAGUAAAAUGUCAAUUGGCGUUCCAAUUAAGGUAUUACACGAAGCAGAGGGUCAUAUUGUCACAUGUGAAACAAUAACCGGUGAAGUUUAUCGUGGCAAACUAAUCGAAGCCGAAGACAACAUGAAUUGUCAAAUGACUCAAAUUACAGUCACUUAUCGGGAUGGCCGCACAGCCAAUUUGGAAAAUGUUUAUAUUCGUGGUUCUAAAAUUCGCUUUAUGAUACUGCCCGACAUGUUGAAAAAUGCACCGAUGUUCAAAAAAGCCGGCCCAAAGGCAGGAACGGCCGGCAGGGGUAAAUCAGCACUACUGCGAGCGCAAACGGCAUCUAGAGGGAGGGGUGGUGGACGAGGUGCUGCAGGCAGUUCCAAAGGAACUGGAGCUGGUCGUGGUGGUGCUUGGCAAGGCGGUCAAAAUGCUGGAAGGGGAGCUGGAAGAGGUGGCUUAUAAGAUAGUUGCUUUGUCAAUUAUGGAACAUUUUCCCUUCAAAUACACAGAUACACACAAACUUCAUAUAAAUGUUUAUUCAUAAGUUUCUUCAUAAAAUACAAUAAACUGUUUGAAAAAAAAACAUAGAGUUAUAUUUGUU